UGCAUUUUGUAAACUUCCAUUUCUGAAAUUUGGCGGCAGAUCUCUGUCAAGAAAUGGACAAAAACAGCCCGCUAUACCCUUAGAAUUCAUGGCCUUUUGAAGGCUAUUGAGAGUUUACAACGCUGAAAUACGUCUCAAAGAUGGCAUCUGUUGUUUCAGUCCAAGAAACCGUGGAUAAAUUGAAUGCCAGUCUACCAAUAUGUAUCACGGCGGCUGAGGUCGAAAAUAACCCAGAAUUUACCAAACUACUGUUUGCUCUAAGUCGCACACUGACAGAAGAUGGCUUGAGUCGAACAACACACUCUGAACUCACUGAGACUAAAGAUUCUUUGCUGAAACAGAAGGAAAAGUACCUAGAGGCACAUACAGUUUAUUCUGAGCUUAAGUCUCUGAUCAUGGAGCAAAACAUUAGCAAAAAUGAGAACGUUCCUUCGCCAUCCACUGCUGCGUUGUAUGAUGCUCUCAGUUCAGCCAUAUCAAAUGCUGAGGCCGUGCAUUACCUGUCAUUUACACCGGAAGGGUCAGAUGAGAUAACUUUGCUAGGUCUCAAGCAGGAGGACUUGGUGCAAAAUGAUUCACACAAGAUAAAAAUACAACAGUCUUUUCAACAGAACAUCAUCCCAGAACUAGAGUCCAGAUUGAGAGCUAAGUGUGAAUUGCUGGUCAACUUCCAUGAGCCAAGUAAAGAUUAUGAGAGUGAAGGAUUAUCAUUUGCAAAAGCUGGUCAACUUCCAGCCAUCUUGCAAAAAGAAAAGUCCUUGCUUCAAGAAGAGCGAAAGAGACUUGGCCAGGACCGACUGAUGCGAGACAGACAGUUCAGGCAAUACUACCAGACACUCCUACAGUCCCUGGAAUCACUGGAAAAGCUUAUAACCAAACACAGGCUCCAGUCCCAGGUCCGCUAUGAUAAGGUUACAACUGAUUGGCUGGCUGCAAAGUGUGAGGCGAUGUGUCUGAAAAUAAGGGUUUUACAGAACCAGUUAAUUCGUGACACUUACACACCAGAGACAGUAGCAGCCCUGAAAAAAAUAAGGGGUCUUUUAGAAGUGGCAAAAGAGGAAGAGGAGCGCGAGCUCCAGAGGGCUAGGGAAGCACUCCAGGCGUACGAGUCCGUGGGGAUGGGAUUUGAGGCACUUGUCCGAGAAUACAGUGCAUUAAUGAUCGAGAUCGAUAACAAGAAAUGGGCGCUGAGUGAACUACGGCAAAGCCAGGAUGGGAUGGAUAGCUUGUGGUCACACCGAUGAUACAAUUAUGAUAGAUAACAGAAUAGAUGAAAAUGACAGAGGGAAUAGAGGAAAUGACAUGGCAAUGCAGUCAUAUCGUACAUCUUUGUUAUAUAAUCUAACGAUAUACAGUAUUUGUAGUAUUGGUAAAUUUGUACCACAAGUAA